UGUUUGCUGUUGUUUCCUGUCAACAAUGGAAGGAGCGACUGGAGCGAGGCGAAGAACCGCCGGCUCAAAGACGAGUACAAUUCCGACCGCCAUUGUUGCCACUCCUGCUACUCCUGCUACUGCUAAUGCUACUGCUACUGAUGCGAGCACUGCAGCCACUGCGGGCGCAACGGGACAGCAGCCCCGCGUGUACGACGCGCAGGUGGAAGCGGCGCUGAUUGCUGCUCAGUUGCCGCUCGGCGCCACGCUGACGGUCGACCACGUCCCUGCGUACCUCAGCUUCAACAAGCACAUCAAGGUCGGCUACAGGCGCCCCAUGACGCGCUGGGAGUGCAUCAAGUCGCUCUUCUCGUGGCACAACGAAUCAAUCAACAUUUGGGUGCACAUCUUCAUCUUUGCGCUCUACUUCCGACUGCUGCUGAACGAGGUGAUUGCUGGACCCAUCAUGCCCGACGCAGAACACGCCGCUCGACUCGCGGCUGCAGAGAUUGCGCAUCCGCAUCACGUCCAUCGGGACGGGGAUUCGUGGGCAACCGACUAUCUCUACGCCCUGUGGGACGCGACCUACUUUGACCGUUUGAUGGCGUUGGACACGCUCGACUGGAACCGCCUCGUCUCGCUGUUCGCUCUCAGCUUCAUCUUUGGAGGCUCCAUCAUCUACCACACGUUCAUGCCGUCGUGUCGCUCGGAGGUCUCGUACCAGCGCCUGCUCAACUUUGACGUCUUUGGCUGCGUGAUUGGCACGGGCGGCACGGGACUGGCCUUCUUGCUCUACGGCUUCAAGUGCCAACACCCGUUUUUUGCGAACGGCGUGGCUGGCACCUUCAUUGUCUACUCCAUCUACACCAUUUACAAGGCACUCAUCUCCACGUCCGCCAAGGAGCGUUUUGGCGCGAUCGGCACGUUCUGUGCAGUGCGAUUCGUCCUUGGUGUUUUGCAGUACCUGCCAAAGAUUGGCUACCAUGCGCGGCCCGGUGCCCUCGUGUUCCAUGUCUUGGGUCAAGCACUGCUGCUGCUCGGCGGAGGAAUCAAUGCCCUGCGCUGGCCCGAAAAGCACUCGUGGGUCCGAUUCGGCCGUGAUCCAGUGACCGGCGACAGACUCGGCGCUGAGAAGGCGCCAGCAACCGCGCGGAACACUGCUUCGGCUGCAUCCGCGACUGUGGCUAACGGCGAGGAGGAGGAAGAGGAGGAGAAAGUCGCAUCGCCUCGCGGCUUUGCUUGCGUUCAUGGCGUCGGCGUAGUCGGCCACAACCAACAACUCAAUCUUGGCAACGCCAUCGACUAUGCCCUCAAUAGCCACCAACUCUGGCACCUUCUGUCGAUGGUUGCCAGCACGUGCGCAUACUUUGGCGCCCUGCACGACAGCCUCGACUGGCGAGAAGUUGUGUGUGACGCCUAGAAGCUUUUAUGCUUUUUGGUGUUUGCAAACGUCACCUUUCGCAUGAUGAUGUCGUACCGUAAAACGAUCUUCCCCCCCCCCUUUUUUUCCCAUGUGUGAGCUCGGAUUGUCCUUUACAAAUCAGAGUUCCGUUGUUAGCGCGACCAGAAUGAACAGUUGUUUUUUCGUUUCUCGUCUUCUUACUUUGGUGCUCGAACAGACUGUUUUUGAUUUUUUUUUUUUGUUUUUGCUUAUCAAUACAUGUAACAUCUC